AUGCCGCCAACUGCCCGCCGCCGCCUUCCCCACAGGGGCUCCCUCUCAUCGGCAACCUCCACCAGCUCGGCAGCCUCCCGCACCGCUCGCUGCGUUCGCUCGCCGCGGCGCACGGCCCCGUCAUGCUCAUCCGCCUCGGCCAGGUACCUGCCGUCGUCGUGUCCUCCGCGUCCGCCGCGCGGGAGGUGCUGCAGGCGCAGGACCACGCUGGAGGAGACCAACGUGCUGCUCGCCGCCUUCCACGUCGGCGACUACAUCCCGUGGCUCUCCUGGGUGAGCUACGUCGACGGCACGGACGCCAGGGUUACGAGGGCAUUCCAGAGGAUCGACCGGAUCCUCGACGAGAUCGUGGACGCGGCGGCUGCGACCAGAGAGACGCCAUUGUCGGGGGAAGAAGGGAGCGACGAUGAUGCUUUCAUCCAUGUGCUGCUGUCACUGCAGCAGAAAAAGGAACAAAGUCCUGCUGGGACGACAGCAGAGUGGCGCCUCAGCAGGGACAACGUGAAGGCCCUCUUGGAGGACUUGUUCGGAGCCGGGACAGAGGCCACGAUCAUCGUCCUGGAAUGGGCCAUGGCGGAGCUUCUCCGCAACAAGGGAGCCAUGCAGAAGCUGCAGCGCGAGGUGAGACAAGCUCGGAGCACCAGCAGCGACGACGGCCAUGGCGUCGGCGAACAAGAUCUGGCCGGAACCGGAAUGGAGUACCUGAGAGCAGUGAUCAAGGAGACGAUGCGGCUGCACACGCCGGGGCUGCUGCUUCCGCACAAGUCCAUGCAGGCCACUCGACUCAGCCACGGCUACGACGUCCCCAGCGACACCAUGGUGAUCGUGAACGCCUGGGCCAUCGGAAGGGACCCGGAGGCAUGGGAGUCGCCGGAGGAAUUCCGGUCGGAGAGGUUCGUCGGCAGCGGGGUGGACUUCCGGGGCCACCACUUCCAGCUGAUACCGUUCGGCGCGGGGCGGCGGAUGUGCCCCGGCGUCAACCUCGCCAUGUCCGUGGUGGAGCUCGCGCUCGCCAACCUCGUCGCUCGGUUCGACUGGGCGCUGCCGGAGGGCGAGGCAGAGCUGGAGCUGGACAUGGAGGAGACCACCGGGUGCACGGCGCGGAAGAAGGCUCCACUCGUACUCUGCGCCGUCGCCGCGCAGCGCUGUUUCUGCUAGAGGACACGGUUUCCUGGCCCUGAUUCUCGUUCUGGUUGCCUAGUGUUCAGGUCGAUCUAUCAAUACCAUCAUGGAUCAUGCACGCGCCGUUCAUCAGCUGACUCAAAACAGCCCAAACCAGACAUCAGUUAGAUUUCCAUCUGGCACUGACACGAUGGACCGGCCCGAGCACGACACUAAAAAGCACGGUCCAGGCACGGCACGGUCCGGUGGUAGUGCCGUGCUUGGGCCGUAACUUCGGCACGGUUAAUAGGCUGGCACGACGUUGGCACGAUUAUUUCCAUCAUCUGAUGCUUUGAGGAUAGAUCAUGAC